AGCACGGGGCAAAGUUCCCUCUGAGUUUGGUAAUAUUUAACGGGACAAUUUUGGGUGACAUAGCUGAGCACCAAGCAUGAGGUAGAAGCAGCAUCGUUGACAUGUAUCCACUGCGUAUGACACUUGCCGCUGAUCCACAGAGACACCAGACUGAGGUCCAUUCAGCAUUGAACAAUGGACUGACUGGACUGACUGAGUAAACAUGGACAUCUUUUCUCUGCUAGUGCUCCUACUUUCAUACAGGAUUCAAGCAGUUGGAGCUCAGAUGAAGCUGUCGCCUGAAACACUAACCGUCCUGCGAAAAGAGGAUGCCAGGCUUACCUGCAGCACCUCCUACCCCGAGUGGACUGUUAUGGUGUGGCUGUUAAACGGUGAGGCGGUUCUCACCAUCUCCAAGGAGACUGGCGUUCUGCCCUCCAUCAACCCUAAUGUGACAGCCAAGAAAAGCCCUGUCUCAAGGGGAGACAGCUGGAUGUUUGUCCUGAAGAACACAGAGAGACACAACCAGGGACAAGUGACCUGUGACCUCCAGGGCAUUGAUAGGAAAACAGCAAGCCUGUUUGUACAAGAAAAAGGCAGUGUGAAAGUCUUUGGGGAUGACAAGUUGGCUUUUAAGGGGCAGUCGGUCCUGUUUGAAUGCCAAGCAGCAGGAUGGUUCCCUCAACCCAUUUUGCAAUGGCAGGUGAAUGACAAAAAGGUGAGCCAGGGUGAAUACAACAUCAGUAGUGAAUCACGGAAGAGCCUCUUCACUGUGACCAGCAACCUCAGCGUGACAGCAGCGAAGAGCUCUCAUGUGGAUUGUCUGGCCUCCGUGUCUGCCCUCCCCACACCACUGAAGAGCAGUGUCCGUCUGACAGUGGUUGCAGAGGUGCUGCAGGCAGGAGAUGACUGCACAGUCCCGCUGGCGCUGAUGGCCUCCCUCUCUGCUCUUCUGCUGCUCCUCCUGCUCUGCAUCUGCACUGUCCUCUGGUACAGACAAAGGAGACAAGCAAAACCAAGCCCACAGGAGGCAUUAUGGUUCGACCAAUCAGUGACCAGGACAAUCUCGGUUGCUGAGGCGACAGGGGGGAAGGUCAACCCGGGAUACACUAGUGAAGGCCCCACAGAUUCAGUUUACAAUGAGCUAAUCAUGGAAACCCAUAGGCAGAUGGACUGUGUCAGCUUUCACAAGGUCCCUGAUGUUGUGUCCUCCAGCAGCCUGUCUCUGCACAGUGAGAGCCAAGCCCAGGUGUGUCUACCAGAGGAAAGCUCCAAGAAUGUCAGGAGAAUUACCACAGUUUAACUAUGUUUAUUUUUAUGUUAUUUGAUAUAACAAAUGAUGGAAGGAUGUUAAUGAUUUACAUUGUUACCUUUAACAUUUAAUGUAUCGUUAAAAGACUGUUUUUAGAAUAUAUAACAAAAGCACAUUGUUUUUUAAAUGUCAAUAAAUUCUGUUUUUGUCUUCCUCUUAA